CAAGAGGUCACACGAGAAGGCACCGGGCGGGCAGGCACCGUUGCACCGGUCCUAAGUAUUUACCACUCCUCUCCCGGAACACACCAUGGCCCCACUCCCGGCACUCAUCACCAGGGAGAAUUUCAAGUCUUUUCUGGAGAGUUUUGACACCGUGCUGACUGACUGUGAUGGUGUGCUGUGGCAUGAGGACCGUCUGAUUGGCCAGGCCCACGUGACCCUCAACACACUGCAGGCACUGGGCAAGAAAGUGUUCUUUGUUACCAACAAUUCCACCAAAUCCAGAGAUGAUUAUGUCGAGAAGUGUGGACGUUUGGGCUUCAAGGCUACCAAGGAGGACAUUCUGAGUUCAGCUUAUGUGUUGGCACAAUACCUGAAGCAGCAGGGCUUUCAGAAGAAGGUGUAUGUGAUGGGCAUGGGAGGCAUUGUGAAGGAGCUGCAGGCUGAGGGAAUACAGUCUACUGGUGGGGAGCCUGAGGUGUACGACGGGGGCAGUCUGAGCACCCUGAUGGACAAGAUGAAGCUUGAUCCUGACGUGGGGGCUGUGGCAUGCGGCUUUGACCCGUACCUGAGUUAUCUGAAGGUGAUGAGGGCAGCAUCAUACCUGGAGAGACCAGGCUGCUUGUUUCUGGCCACAAACACUGAUGAAAGGUUCCCAGUGGCUAGCAAAGGACUUGUCUAUCCUGGCACUGGGUGUGUGGUGCGGUGCGUGGAGACAGUGGCAGAGCGGCCUGCCACCGUCAUGGGCAAGCCUUCCACUAAGAUGUUCUCUGUCAUUCAAGAGAAGAACAGCUUGGACCCUAAACGUACCCUUAUGAUUGGUGAUAGGUGCAACACAGACAUACUCUUUGGCAAAAACUGUGGGCUGCAAACUUUGGUGGUGCUGUCGGGGGUCACCACUCAGGCCGACCUGGAGAAGUGGGCAGCCAGUGAUGACCCGGAGCAACAUGCCCUGCUUGCCGACUAUUGCCUCACUCAGCUGGAUGAUCUCCUGGCUUUCCUUGACCCUAAGCAGGAGCAGUGCUAAGUUUAGGCCUAAUGAAAACUCCAUUCAUGUAUUAACACAGGAGAGCAAAUCUGUCUGUCUGUUUUUGUCUAUGGCUGUCAGUCAAUCUAUCUAUUCUUCUUUCUACCCAUCAAAUUUUUCAAUUUAUCUACCUGCCUGUCUAUCUAUCAAUUUUAUUUAUUAGUCUGUUUGCCUACCUAUGUCAGUAAAUCUGUCUCCCUAUACAUCUACCUAUCAAUCUAUCCCUCUAUCUACCUACAUUAAUUCAAGCAUCAGGUACAGGUAGAUAGACUGAUACAUAAUGCACACACAUGCUUUUUUGCUAACUCUGCCAGGCUAAGUUAUAUGUCAGGCAGAGAAAUAAGACAAAAAACCCACCUUUACUAACUCUGUGUAGCUCACUGUGUUAGGUACAUUAGUGUUAGGCAGAUUAGUAACACAAAGACCCACCUUUACAAGUACUAAUGCUCUCUCUGCCUAAGUUUGUGUGUUAGGCAGGAGAGAUACUAAUUUUUAUGUGCCCAAUGUAGAGGCUGGGAAAGGAGUGGUGAAAAAGAUUACAAUAAUAAUUGAUAGAGAUGUAAUAUUCAGAUCAUGUAUGUAAUGGAUGGGAGAUGAAGAGGUGCAAUACUCAGAUCUUGUAUAUAAUGGAUGGAGGAUAAAGAGAGUUUUAGAUGUCUGUGAAGGAAGUAGGAAUGUUUAGUGAGGAAUAUUAAAUGAGAGAGGUUCAAGAUUUAGGAAAAGAGUUUAAAUAUGAGAGAUGAGAGGUAAAGAAAGUGUUACAUGUUUGUGAAGGAAGGAAGGAAUGUUGAGUGAGGAUAAAUAUGAAAUAACAGAUGUGAGAUUUAGGAAAAGGUGUUAUAUAUGAGAGAUGGGAGACAAAGAAAGUGUUGUAUUUUUGUUGAGGAAGGAAGAAAUGUUUUGUGAGGAUAAAUAUUAAAUGACAGAGGUUCAAAAUUUAGGGAAACUUUUUAAAUAUGAAAGAAGGUAGAGAGGUUUUGAUAUCUGAGAAGUCUGCGAGUGAAAGAAGAUUUAGAGUGAAUUAAAUGAUAAGUGCAGCAAGAUUUAAGGGAAAACUUUGUAUAUGAAAGAUGAAAAUAGUGAAGGGAAUUUUUGAUGCCUGUAAAGUCUGUCAAUGAAAGAAUAUUUAGUAGAAAUUAAAUGACAAGUACAACAUUUAGAGAAUGGUGUCAUGUAUGAAAGUUAGAAGAUGAAUAGUGUUUGGUUUCUAUGAAGCAAGAGAGAAUGGUUGAAGUGCACUAGAUUUGCUUAUGUAGUUCCAGAUUUUAUGUUUAAAGUGUAUACUCAUGAUUUUCAUGCAUUCCUCAGGGUUGGUUUGUCGUGUGUCAUGUAUUUCAGAGUGUUUCAAAUUAUUGGUGUGAUGAUGUAUGAUUUCCUUUGUGUGUUUUCCUGUCUUGUGAGUGAAAAGUUGUAUAUUUCAGAGUGCUUUUAAUUAUCAGUAUGUCUUGAUAUAUUUUCCUUUGUGUAUUUUCCUAUCUUUAAAAUGAAAAUGAGUGAAUUUCUAUUUAAUUUUUACUUUAUUGUUAUUUAAAUAUAGAUGGAGAAAGAAUGGACUAUGUAUGUGUGUGGUAUAAGUACACUAUAUAAGUACACUAUAUUUCACUGUCACACACACAAUUGCUAUCACUAUAUUUUUGUAGGGAAUUAAUUAAGAAGCUUUUACUUGACAGUUGGAUUAGGGUAGGUUAGUUUUAAGAAAUAAACAGCAAUUGUGAUGACUUGUAACAGUGAAAUAUACAGUGUUACUUAUCAGAAAAAUUAAAUAGUUUGGUCACAGAUCAGAAAAUUAUAUAGUUUGGUGAGAGUGAGAUGAGUGAUAUGACAAACUCUGCCUCUCUAUUUGAAAUGCAUUGGUUUAUUUGGCUUCUGACCACAAUCCUCUCCUAAAUUGCCAUCAGAACCAAGAACGAUCAGAUGGCAGGACUUUAUUCUUGGAAAACCCAAAGAAUUGAAAAGAGAAAACUCUUUAACAAAUGCAGUAAAACACAUGUAAACAAUGUCUUUUAUCCUGCAAAAUACAGUGAGUGUGUACCAUUAGCAAGUAUAUCAGUGAAGUAGAAAACUGUCUCUUAACCCAUUCACUGCUACCUGGCAUAUCUUUCCUUGAAUUAUGUCACUCAUAUAUUUCUUUGUGUCCUAUAGUCAACACUAAACAUUACUGUGGCUUAAUUCUGAAAGAUCUACCCUUUUAAUCCAUUUUCCUUUCUUGUAGGUGUUUUAAAGGGUUUGCAAAAUGCUUUUAUUGUUGUGAAUUGUUGUGUAUUGCAGUGACAAGGUUAAAAAUGCAGUAAAAGACACCUAAACAACAUCUUUUACUCCACAGCACAGAGCAGAGUGUGUACCAUCAGCUAACUUGCCAUUAAAAUAGAAAAGAUUAUAAAUUUUGUACUCUAGCAAGUAAUGAGUUAUCUAUGCAAAGUUAGCCAUCACAAGUUUUUUUUUUCAUGUAGGAGAGACAUUGGUAAAAAAAAAAAAAAAAAAAAAAAAAAAAAAAGCCCACUGAGAUGCCAGUGAUAAAAGAACUAAAUAUUGCUUUGGUCAGAGCGCAUUGGUUGUAAAAUAUGUGUGCAAAGUAUCUAAGUGCAGUGUGUGUGUGUGUGUGUGUGUGUGUGUGUGUGUGUGUGUGUGUGUGUGUGUGUGUGUGUGUGUGUGUGUGUGUGUGUGUGUGUGUGUGUGUGUGUGUGUGUGUUAUAAUUUAUAAUUCCUGAUGCUUGGUAAUGCAAUGUGGUACUUAUGAAAGUGGUACUUAUGAAAGGGAUAAUGUAAUGUGGUACUUAGAGAAAGUCAUUGUCAUGGUAAUAUGAAAAAGAGUGAUUAUUUAAAGUGAUUGUUUGGUGUUGAUGAAGAAAAAUUUUUAAGUACAGUAGUAAUGCAUUUAUGAAGAAAAUAUUCAAAUUGUACUGUAUGAAAAGAAUUAAGAAGUAGUGUGUUAUUUCAUGAAGAGAAGAGUUAUUAUGAAAAGAAGUCCAGUAAUAAAAAUAUAUGAAUAUGA